AUGUCUACCGCUGAGCUUGCUACGUCCUACGCGGCGCUGAUCCUGGCCGACGACAACGUCGAGAUCACGGCCGACAAGAUCAACACCCUCAUCAAGGCCGCCGGUGUCCAGGAGGUUGAGCCCAUCUGGGCCCAGCUGUUCGCCAAGCCGAAGCAAACGUCGAAAGGAGAGGAUCGGUACUGGCACGGGACCCUAGGCAAAUUGGUUUCGAAGCCGACCACUGCACGUGGUGGGAGGGCCGCGACAAUGGAGGACUCUGCUGCCAUGCCGAAUAUCUUCACUUUCGACGUUUUACCGACGCCAGCUUGCAACGAUGCUCUUGAGGGCAAGGAGGUCAAGGACCUGCUGUCCAACGUUGGCUCCGGUGGCGGCGCUGCCGCCCCGGCUGCUGGCGGUGCUGCCGGCGGUGCUGCCGCCGCUGCCGAGGAGACCAAGGAGGAGGAGAAGGUUGAGGAGAAGGAGGAGUCCGACGACGACAUGGGCUUCGGUCUGUUCGACUAA